UGGUAGCAGAAACGCCAAGCGCCUUUUAGAUCUACGAGAAUGACGAAGCAUAUUUAUCGAGAAAACGCAAAAGACAGAGGGAUUGGGGUAUUUUCGAACCUAUUUUGUUCUCAUACUUUAAAAUUAUCAGGUUGAAAGUAAUUAUGGAUGGAAAGAGAUCAAUGAAAAUGGAUCCACUGUCACCCGGCCCAUGUCUAGACAUUAGUGACGACGAGCUUGUUACAAUAUCGGUACGGGAUUUAAACAGACAGUUGAAAUUGCGUGGAUUGUCCAGAGAGGAAAUUGUUCGUAUGAAACAGCGAAGGCGUACUCUGAAGAACAGAGGCUAUGCAGCUAGUUGUCGCAUAAAACGUAUUGAGCAAAAGGAUGAAUUGGAGUCUGAAAAGACUCAAGAGUAUCGUGAUAUGGAAAAUAUGCAAGAUGAUAACAAUCGUAUGAGGGAAGAGAUUGAUUCUUGGCAUUCGAAGUAUCAAGCACUUAAAAAGUUUGCUCAAGAAAAAAAAAUUAUUAUUCCACCAGAUUUGGAAAAUAUGUAAUAUUCAGAUAUACCGAUUAACAGAAACAAUAUACAUAAUAUAUAACAAAUAAAUUUAAUAGUAGA